CGCCCAGCCCGUUCCCUCCGGGGAUGCGGGAGCCCCGGAGCGCUGCCCCUGGGAACGCAGCCCGGCUGAGGGGCACCGGAGGGCACCAUGAGCGGCGGCAGGUUUGAUUUCGAUGAUGGAGGCGCCUAUUGCGGGGGCUGGGAGGGGGGCAAAGCCCACGGGCACGGCAUCUGCACCGGCCCCAAGGGCCAGGGCGAGUACUCGGGCUCCUGGAACUACGGCUUCGAGGUGGUGGGCAUAUACACGUGGCCCAGCGGCAACACCUACGAAGGCUACUGGUCCCAAGGCAAGAGGCACGGCCUGGGAAUCGAGACCAAAGGACGGUGGGUUUACAGAGGCGAGUGGACCCAUGGCUUUAAGGGACGGUACGGCGCGAGGCAGAGCAUGAGCAGCGGAGCCAAGUACGAGGGUACAUGGAACAAUGGCCUGCAGGAUGGCUACGGCACCGAGACCUACGCCGAUGGAGGCACCUACCAGGGCCAGUUCACCAACGGCAUGCGGCACGGCUACGGCGUGCGGCAGAGCGUUCCCUACGGCAUGGCCUCGGUGGUGCGCUCCCCUCUGCGCACAUCGCUGUCCUCCCUGCGCAGCGAGCACAGCAAUGGUACCCUGCCGCAGCAGGACUCGCCCGCCGCCAGCCCCGACAGCCUGCCGCUCUCGCCCACCAUCACCCGCGGGGGCUUCGCCCUCAGCCUCUACGCGGACGCGGAGGCCGGCAAGCCCAAGAAAGGGGGGCUCUUCCGCAGGGGAUCCUUGCUGGGCAAGCUGAAGAAGUCCGAGUCCAAGUCAUCCCUGGCCAGCCAGAAGAGCCGCGUCAGCUUCCUCAAGAGCGAGAGCGGGAUCAGCUCGGCUGCCAGCGAUGCCACCUCCACCGUCAGCCUGGGCGAGGGCGCCGAGGGCGAGGAAUACACUCCCUUCGAGUCCGACAUCGACGCCACCACCACGGAGACCUACAUGGGCGAGUGGAAGAACGACAAACGCGCUGGCUUCGGCGUCAGCGAGCGCUCCAGUGGGCUCAAGUAUGAAGGGGAAUGGCUGGACAACCUGCGGCACGGCUACGGCUGCACCACGCUGCCCGACGGCAAGAAGGAGGAGGGCAAGUACCGCCACAAUGUCCUGGUCAAGGGCAUGAAGAAGCGGGUGAUACCCCUCAAGAGCGCCAAGAUCCGGCAGAAGGUGGACAGGAGCGUGGAGGGGGCUCAGAGGGCCGCGGCCAUCGCCCGGCAGAAGUCAGAGAUUGCGGCAUCCAGGACGGCUCAUGCCAAAGCCAAGGCUGAAGGCUCUGAGCAGGCAGCUCAGGCAGCCAACAACGAAUCAGGCAUAGCCAGAAUGAUGGCCAGGGAGCUCUCCCCAGACUUCUACCAGCCAGGCCCCGAGUACCAGAAGCGGAAGCUGCUGCAGGAGAUCAUCGAGAACGCGGAGCACGCGGUUAACAUGGAGGAGGAGGCGCCGCGGCCCGAGGCCCCCGCGGCCGACAGGAAAACUGAGGCCAGGGCCCCGGGCCGGACCGAGCCCAGGGCUGGGGCCAAGCGCGGCCCGGCACAAGCAGCGGUGGCAGCACAGAAGGCGGAGGAGUGUGAAGAGGGACCUAACACAAUCGUGAUCUGCAUGGUCAUCUUACUGAACAUUGGUCUGGCCAUCCUAUUUGUACAUUUUUUGACAUGAUGAGCCUCUUGAACAAGGCGUUGCUGCUGGUGGAGACCUCAGACCUUGGCGGGGAUUAAACCUCAGCCACCUGGAAACACCUAAGAGGAGGACUUGAGAUCCCAAGGUUACACUGCAAACAUCAGCCUUAAAUGAGAGUGUCUGAAGAUCAGUUCAGUUUCCUGCUCCCAGGCUGUGGCUGGCCUCUGCAAUCUACCAAGGAAAAGCCAGGGUUUCUGCACUGUGGUCUCCUCUUCUUUGUAUAAAAUAGCAGUUGCCUUAAAUUAUUCUCACCAAAGCCAUCAACUGUCCUGCCAUGCCAGGGAUGAGGGACUUAUCUGUAGCUGUAGGAAAACGAGUGAGAAGGUCUCAUGCGUGCACACUGAUGUGUUUUGUAACUCCCUUGGUUGACUUGGUGUCAGAGAUUUUCCAAAGAUUGUCAUCCACGGCAUGGAGAUGAAGCAAUGCAGCAACCAGAAUGACUCAUGAGAGCCGCGCCAUGGCUCGGGGUGGACGACACUGCUCUCCGUGCUUGGAAGUCAUCCAAAGGGAUGAACAAAAAGUCUUUCCUUUCCCCUGGCACCUGGCAUCAUUUUCCAUGUAUGGAGGACUGAGAGGGGGAGCAAGUUGAAAUUUGGCUUGUUGAAGUGUGACCCGAGUCCUGCCCAUGGUGGCCGAUGCACCACGGAUGGGCCCGCGGGGUGGGGUGGGGUGUGAGGGACUGGUGGAUCCAAGGCUGUUGGUGCCUGUGGGGGUGCUUUGGGUGGAGAUGGGGCCUUUUUUGGGACCAGGCACCAUCCAAGCCCUCUCCUGCCACCAACAGUGCUCUGCACAGAAAUGUCUUGCAGUGGGUGGCUUCCCACUGUAACGGGAAAGGCAGUAGGUGUGAUGAAUUUGUCCCUUUACCCCUUUUUUUCUAUGAAAAUGUUGUGAGUUCCAGUGAAAAGGAGGUUCUUGCUGAAAAUGCCUCCAUACACCUGCAGGUUCCUCCCCUUGGUGUUCUGGGCUUCAGGGGGUCCUGGCCUCUUCUUGCACCCAAUGAACAGACUUUCCAGCCAGAGGAUGUAGGGUGGCUAUCGUGGGAGAGGUUACCUUAUUCCUGAAAGAAAAAAGGUGCAGAGAUGUGAGUGACUGCAGUGUGUUUGGAUGUUGGGCUCAGAAAUAUGCAGCAGCCAGGCUUUCAGCAGUGGCAGAGUACAGUGGGGCAGUUGUAGCUGUUGCUCAUGUGUGCAAGGCUGAGAGGUCUGGGCGAUUUGUAUCAAUUUCCCCAAAGCUGUGACAGGGAGUGACCUUUGGAAGGAGAUAUUUCCACCACGAUCUGCUCUGAUCCUCAGCAGUGCGAGCUUAGAAAGUCAGCACAGAUGAAGUUACAGUUUAGUGUGAGGCUGAGUGCUUGGGCAUGUUUCUUCCUUCUUUUAAGAGCAAUGUGUAUUUCCUAUCCCUUUUUAAGAUAAUCAGAGAUGUUAUUUAUAGUUGGUUGUGCACCUCUGUGUAUCCUGAAGUCCCACAGCACAGGACUGGGUGGGAAAACCUUGUUGGACUGGAAAGAAUGGGGAAAUGAUAGUUAAGGAAAAAAACAGAUGCCUGGUCUGCUUCAAAGGUCAAUCUGAAAGGAUUUCAGAGACGGAGUGGCAGACACACAGGGGUUUACACUCACUGGAGACAGGGGGCAAAACCUGCCUAAUUUAUCUACUCUAGUUAUGGCGUAAGAGAGUGAGAAUAAUUCAGUACUUUUCUUUGUGAACCAAGUCUAUUUUUUAACCUUAUUCAGCUCAGGAACAUUGCCACAGUAGCAAAUAUGUGGUAUUAAGUGUGGGAGAAGUGAAUAUGAUCCUUUCCUAAAAGCCAUGUGGCUGUACCAGUCCUGAGAAAGCUGUGCAGCAUCAUCUACACUUCCACAGAGCAUAGUUUAGUAGCAAUUUCCUUGUUUUCUUUUAUUUUUUUUUCUUUCUUUAAAUAUAAAUGUAUUGCAAACCCCAGGCUCUGCGUCCUUUGACAUUUUAUCUCCAUUUGCUGGCAUUCACUUGCCAGCUCUGCAGUUUCAAUAUGCCAACUGCUUUCAUUCACCACCAAGACAAUUUCCAUUGAGAGACCUGAGGGGCUUUUAUUUAUCACUAAGUGCAAAAAUGGAUCUUUUUCAACAGUGCUAAGGUAAUUCCUUCCCCCCCUCCUUAUUUUUUAUGCAUGUGAUAUGCACUCAGUAAUGUGCUUUCUUCCUAGUAACCUUCUGAGAAAAGUAGGUAGAUUUGCUUUUAUGUGAUGUAUAACUGUAUCCAUAUUGCCCUGAGAUAUGGAUAUAUAUACAUAGAGAGAGAGCCCCUUAGGGAUUUCAUUUCCUUAGAUGCAAAAUACCAGAUUUACCUCAAAGUGCAUGCUUUCAAAACUGAUUAGGAUUUUGUGUUAUACUUUUCAGGUCUUACAAAGAUGCAGAUACCUUUCACUCUUCACACAAAAAUACCCUCAUCACAGAUUUUGCAAGCUGUUUACUACAGUCUGUGUACUACUGUCCAGAGUUUUCUGUCGGUUAUUCUGCUGGAUUAUGUGCAAUAAUAAACAGUUAUCUGCUCACUCUA